ACCCGCCGCUGGGUCACCAAGAAGAUCAAGGUGGAGUUCGAGGAGCUGCUGCAGACCAAGACGGCCGGGCGCCUGCUGGAGGGGCUGAGCUUGCGGGACGUGUUCCUGGGCGACACGGUGCCCUUCAUCAAGACCAUCCACCUCGUCCGGCCCGUCGUGGCCUCGGCCACCGGGGAGUCCGACGGUCCCGAGGGGGAGCCGCUGCCCGCCACCUGCCCGGAGGAGCUGGCCUUCGAGGCAGAGGUGGAGUACAACGGAGGCUUCCACCUAGCCAUCGACGUGGACUUGGUCUUUGGCAAGUCUGCCUACCUGUUCGUCAAGCUGUCCCGAGUGGUGGGUAGGCUGCGCUUCGUCUUCACCCGCGUGCCCUUCACCCACUGGUUCUUUUCCUUCGUGGAGGACCCGCUGAUUGACUUCGAGGUGCGCUCCCAGUUCGAAGGGCGGCCCAUGCCCCAGCUCACCUCCAUCAUCGUCAACCAGCUCAAGAAAGUCAUCAAGCGCAAGCACACCCUGCCCAGUUACAAGAUCAGGUUUAAGCCAUUUUUUCCAUACCAAACAUUGCAAGGAUCUGGAGAAGAUGAAGAGCAUAUCCACAUACAGCAUUGGGCUCUUACUGAAGGCCGUCUUAAAGUUACAUUGUUGGAAUGUAGCAGGUUACUCAUUUUUGGAUCCUAUGACAGAGAGGCAAAUAUUCAUUGUACACUUGAGUUGAGCAGUAGUGUUUGGGAAGAAAAACAAAGGAGUUCUAUUAAGACGGUUGAAUUAAUAAAAGGGAAUUUACAGAGUGUUGGACUUACACUUCGUCUUGUUCAGUCAACUGACGGGUAUGCUGGGCAUGUCAUAAUUGAAACCGUGGCCCCAAACUCACCUGCUGCAAUUGCAGAUCUUCAGCGAGGAGAUCGACUCAUUGCUAUUGGAGGUGUGAAAAUUACCUCGACACUGCAAGUGUUGAAGCUUAUCAAGCAGGCUGGUGACCGAGUUCUGGUGUACUAUGAAAGACCCGUUGGCCAGAGUAAUCAAAGUGUGGUGCUACAAGAUAAUUUUGGCCAGUUGGAAGAAAACUUUUUGUCAGGCUCAUGCCAACCAAGUUAUGAAGAGGAAGCAGCUGGGUUGGCAGUAGAUGCUGAAAACAGAGACUUAGAUUCUGAAUAUGAAGACUUGGCAAGUGAUGUCAGAGUACAAAAUGAGUUCAAAGAUGAAGGACAGUCAUUAAGUCAUAGUCCCAAACGGACUCCAACAACACUUUCUAUUAAACCCCUUGGCGCUAUAUCACCAGUUUUAAAUCGUAAAUUAGUUGCAGGAAGUCACCCACCACCACCAAAAAUUUCAUCCAAAGAAGGAACUAAACCAUCUGCCCUAAAAACUUCUGAGGUAGCAGACCCAGUACAAGUGUCAAAACCCACCCAAGGAUCCACUUUCAAACCACCCGUGCCACCACGACCACAAGUGAAAGUCCCUUUGCCUUCUGCUGAUACCCCGAGUCAGGCAGAACCAGACAUUCUUGUUGAAAAGCCAGAGAAGGUGCUGCUUCCUACUCCUGUAGACAAAUCUGCUGAAAAGCAGGUGAAAAGUGUAGAUCAUGUAGAAGAUUUGAGCACAUCGAAGCAGUUGUUAGCAAAGCAAGAAGUGGCUAAAGAUUUUACUUCAGAAAGUUCCUGCCCUACCAAGGACAGUACAGAUGACCAUCAAACAUGGGAAUCAUCAGAAAUUCUUUAUCGUAAUAAGCUAGGAAAAUGGACAAGAACCAGAGCAUCCUGUUUGUUUGACAUAGAAUCCUGCCACCGAUACCUGAAUAUUGCACUGUGGUGUAGGGAUCCUUUCAAGUUGGGGGGUCUCAUCUGUUUGGGUCAUGUUAGCUUAAAACUUGAAGACGUGGCCUUGGGAUGCCUAGCUACAUCAAACAUGGAGUAUCUUUCCACAUUCAGACUGGAAGCUCCUGCACCUAAGGCCAUGGUCACGAGAACUGCACUGCGCAAUCUGAGUAUGCAAAAGGGCUUCAAUGACAAAUUUUGCUAUGGUGACAUUACUGUUCACUUCAAGUAUUUGAAGGAAGGAGAACCAGACCACCAUAUAGUUACUAACAUAGAGAAAGAAAAAGAACCCCACUUGGUUGAAGAAGUUUCUACCCUCCCUAAAGAGGAACACUUUACUGGACAGAUGAGCUCCCUAGAAAAUAAGCAUAGUUUCCAGGACACUCAAUUCCAAAAUCCAACUUGGUGUGAUUACUGUAAGAAAAAGGUUUGGACAAAAGCUGCUUCCCAGUGUAUGUUGUGUGCUUACGUUUGCCAUAAAAAAUGUCAAGAAAAAUGUCUAGCCGAGACUCCUCUUUGUGGAGCAACUGAGAGGAGGAUAGACCGGACUCUAAAAAACCUUAGGCUGGAAGGACAGGAACCCUUCCUGGGCCAGCCUUCUCGUGUUGAUGCUGAAACCAACAAGUCAGUGAAUAAAACAACAGGUUUAACAAGGCACAUUAUCAACACUAGCUCUCGUUUGCUAAAUUUGCGUCAAGUCUCUAAAACUCGCCUUUCUGAACCUGGAACUGACCUUGUAGAGCCCUCACCAAAACACACACCCAACACAUCAGACAAUGAAGGCAGCGACACAGAGGUGUGUGGUCCAAACAGUCCUUCCAAACGGGGAAAUAAUGCAGGAAUAAAGUUAGUGAGAAAGGAAGGUGGGCUGGAUGACAGUGUUUUUAUUGCUGUUAAAGAAAUUGGCCGUGAUCUGUACAGGGGCUUGCCUACAGAGGAAAGGAUCCAGAAGCUAGAGUUUAUGUUGGAUAAACUGCAGAAUGAAAUUGAUCAGGAGUUGGAACACAACAAUUCCCUUGUAAGAGAAGAAAAAGAGACAACUGAUACAAGGAAAAAAUCACUUCUGUCUGCUGCUUUAGCUAAAUCUGGUGAAAGACUACAAGCUCUAACACUUCUAAUGAUCCACUACAGAGCAGGCAUUGAAGAUAUUGAAACUUUAGAGAGUCUAUCUUUAGACCAGCACUCCAAAAAAAUAAGCAAAUACACAGACGAUACAGAAGAAGACCUUGACAGUGAAAUCAGCCAGCUGAUAGACUCUCAGCCAUUCAGCAGUAUCUCAGAUGACUUAUUUGGCCCAUCUGAGUCUGUAUAAUGGACAUACUGUUUAAACUUGCAUAUGAUUGGGGGAAAGAUGUAUCUAAGUUAUCACAGAUACCAACCACAUUUCAGUCCUCUCAUAAUGCACUUUGGCCUGCUUCUCCACAGUUAUUUGCUUGUGUAAGAAAGAAUGAAAAAGGUUUUCCCUCAAAAACAUGACCAGCUCACUAAAUCAGUUGUUUCCGAUUACAUUUAUAGCUAUGCUUUCUUGGAUUUAUAUUGGGAAUUUAUUUUUACUAAUUUAUUUUUAACUUUUUCUAAUUAUGUGAUUAUAUAAGCUAACUUUUCAUGUUUAUGUAUGUGUGAUGUCUCACUGUGGUUUUUUUCCUUCCUCUUCUUUUUGAAUUAAUGUUAAAUAAGAUACAGUCCAGAUUUUUGAAAUAUUUUUAUUUCCAUCAUGGUUAUAACAACAAAUUUGCUGCAUGCCAAAAUUGACAACAUCCAUCACUGGGAAAACAAGUUGUGAAUCUUUUGUGUUACAUAUUGGGAAUUUGGGGGUUGCUUUUUGUUUUUGCCAAAUGUAAAAUGAAACCAGAUGCUGCAACUUUAGUCUGUUAUGCUGACUUAGUAAAAAAAAACAAAACAAAAAAAACUUUUACAUAUAUUGAUUGCUUUCUAUGCUUCUGUGACAUUUUUUUCUAAACCUUUUGUGAACCUGAAGUACAUUAAAAAGACAGUGAUUAAUUUGACAAGCUUGUAUUGAAAAACAAAGUGUAAUAAGGAAUAUUAAAUCAUGUGGUCAAGAAUGUAUAGAAAGGGUAACAAGAUUUAAUUACCACAAAAUAGGCAGCAGGAUUUUUUAGGUAUCUUUUGGAAUGUCAGUACUUUGCUUUUAAAUGGAAGUUCUAAGCAUUCAUGAUGAUUUUUAUCAUCUUCAGUUUUCCCAUAGGAAAUAAGGCAUGUACGAGGGUAUUUGAAGUUUCAGAAAAUGGUUCUUAAAACGAUGGUAUUGAUAACUAGUUUUGUUUUAAAAACAUUUUCCCAUAGGAAUAUAUUGUGGAGGAGAGGAAUCAUGCAGAAUAUUGUUAUUGCUUCAUUGCUUCAUCUGGGGGUCUUACGAGCUUAAAGGAAUGGUGAUUGUUCAGAUUGUCUUCAUUCAUUAAAAAUAAAAGAAAUAAUGGUAUACAUAGGACUUGAGACAAGUUCUCUGAAAAUGAAGAUGUACCUCAGUGUUGGAUCCACCUUAUGGAUGCCGACGUGACUGAGGAAAAAUAUAUAAGCUUGACCUCUGUUACACCUUAAAAGUUUGAGCCUGUUACCUGCCUACAAAAUAGAUAUGUAUGUUUUUCCCUUUUGUGGGUAAUGGCUCUGAUAACUUGAUACAUGCAUAAAUCAGCAUGAGUUUAAAACAGCUUUUAUGGCUGGCAGGAAAAGGCAUAGUAUACCACUAAGGCCAUGGCCCAGUCUGUAGUCCAAGACCACACAGGAGCUCUUCCUAUAAUGAGCUGUCUGACCACAGACAGGCAAGUCAGUCACAAAGAGGCUCGGUACAGCAGUUUCCCAUCUCUGAAGUGAGGGUGGUAACUACUUCCUCUAACAACCUCACAGGACUGUUGUGAGGAAAACAGCAGAACUGCACAAGUGCUUCAAACAUAAAAGCUAUACAAAUAAAAGGUGUUACUUAGAUGAGUAAAAUAUCUUUGAGUGCAGAAGUUAUUCCAAUUUUAACAUCAGUAACCAACUCUCAUUCCAUUAAGUGAAAUAUUAGAAUAAUAAAUACCUUCUUGAGAGGUCAGGUUUAUAACAAAAAUAUACACGUACCCCUUGCUCAUUGUUGAUUUAAGCAUGCUCACAUCUUAAGAGAACACUGAUGUUGAAGGCUUCCUUCACAAAACUCACCAAAAGCUCAAAUGUUCUACAGCAUAUACUUGAAACAAUCUGUCCAGUGUAUACCCAUGUUUCAUCUUGUAAAAAAUACCUUGCCAUUGUUAAUCUGGGAGGUAGUCUCUAAUUGGCGCGUGUUCAUGGAUUAAGUCAUGAUACCCAAGCAUGCUCCUGAAACUCAGGCAUUUGAAAGAGCUAUAGAAAUAAUGCAAAACCUUGGUUUCAUAAGACUCUACUCAUGUCUUAAAGUAUUUAACUCUGUAGAACCACAACUGUGGAAAGUUCAGUAAUGCUGCUAACAAUAUUUGUAAAAUAAUACUUUUAAUGUAGCACAGUAUUUUUCUAUCUGCUAGCAGUAGAUGCGUCAUGGUUGUGCAAGGAGGCAACACUUCCAACAGCCGAGGUAUAGCAAAGUGCAGGCGUCAGUGGGAAAAGCUGUAUCGUAUUACAUUAUUGAUGUAAUCUUGCUGCCGUGCUAUGUUAUCAAUAGCUUAAAAGUAAUAAAGACUACUACACAAAACAGUUAUCUUCAUUUGAUGGCAUCUAAACAAAAAAGUGAUUGCUGCUCUCUGCGGAAUUGUCUGGUGCAAUUUGGUCAUGUAAACAAGCUAAGAGUCCACUUCUAAACAGAAUUGCAGAAGUACUCAUUUUUUACAGUUUAUAAAAUAUAUUUAUGGAUUUGCUUUCGCUACUGGUUUUUUAGAUAAAUGACUGAGUUAGAGAAAAUGAGCAACAUUUUAAGCAUUAAGCAUUAUUUUCCAACCAAUUAAUUUCUCAAUAUUAAGCCUCAUACUCUUAAAUAUCAUACUUGAAAUAUUAUGGAUAUUUUGUGACUCAGAGCAAACACAACCUAGGGAGUAUGUCAUGUUCUAAACUUACACAUGAAUGUUUUAAAGGCAACUGGAAAAUAUUUCACUUGCUAAUAGAUGAAUAAAAUUUUAAAAAUGAGUAAAUUUUAAAAUAUAUUGUCCUAGUUUUUAAAUGAGAUACAGUUUUUCUUACCAAAAAGAAGAGUGGAGAUUCCCCUAUGCUUUCUGAAUCCCAGACACCCUUUAACAUCUGACUAAAAUUGGGAAGACCCUAACCCCUGGAAGCUGUACACACACACACUACUCAACAAUUCCCCUAGUUUUAAGGGUCUUUCAGAGCUGCCAGACCCUGGCUGGACAUUUUAGUUAUCUUCAUCAGAUACAGUUAUUUGUUCAUAGCAAUCAGAAUAGUGAAGAGAUUCAAGGAUAACUUUUUCCAUGUUGACAUGUUAAAGAGUGAUAAAAAUGAAUAUUUCUAUUUAAAUGUUACUACAGUAACACAUUACCAUUAAUCCCCCUCAAAAUACUCCCCCUAACUGAACACACUUAUCCUAUCCUUCCUGCCACUUUCCGAAGUAGUUCUGGAAGGCCUUGUUUCUGAG